AUGGUUCUGCUUACUUCGUCGACGGUCUCCACUAUCGUGUCGAUGGGCGUAGUCUGCAUAUUCUCGUUGAUGUUAUUUUUGGCUGGAUACGUGUUACAACAACAAUCAGUGAAGAACAUUCAGCAUGCUCUGCAUCCGCCACCUGGAUCCCAUCGCGGUGCAGGGUCAAAAGGAUCUACAUUCCAAAAUACCGCUAAGAAGCGUGACUUGUCAGAUUCAGAUCUAAGUUUUGGCGAUGAUCCUGAUGCUCCACGAGACAGCCAUGAUCGCCGGUCAGCUUCAAAUGGGAAUUAUGCAUAUCUUCAGCUUUUAUCAAACCCAGAUCCAUCCGAUAUCUGCUCUGUCAUUCUCUUCUUUAAACAAGUUGCAACACAAGGAAGCUCCGUCCAAGAUCGUCUGUUCAUGUACCCUGAAGAAUGGGACCGCAUGUCUGAAAAACAACUUGGCAAGUCCGCUUCCAAAGCUUUGUCAAUACUGCGUGUGGCCAGCAUUAAGUAUGGGAUAUGGCUUCUUCCUAUUGAUAUGCAUGCUGCAACCUCAAAAGGCUAUUCAGCCACAGACACUAAGCUGCUUAGACUAGGACAAGUCCAGUUCAUGCAAUAUGAUAGUGUAUUAUACUUGCAAUCACCGGGCAUGAUCAUUGACACGGAGAAAAUGGACACCAUUCUUCUGUCUCAGCCAUUGCCACGCGUAUAUGACAAGAAUCGACCAGAUUCCUACGAUAACCCGGCAUGGAAACCAAUGACUCUUCGUCCGGACCGGGACGCUGAUUUACCGCCUGUGUAUCUUAUCACAGUCAACAAUGUUGGAGGUGGAAAUGUGCAAGCUCGAACACACGUUCCUAAUUCCGAUUUACCUGAGUUCGGGGCUCUCGUUCGCAAACCCCGGACUGUCAUCGCCCAAGAUGAUGACGAGGAGACUUUUGAGGAUCCAGCAUAUAUUUAUUUGGGGAAAGGAAAAAGCGGUUCUCCCAAGGAUGACGAUAGUCCGGUCGUACAGACCUGGCGAUCGCAAACGCAUGAAGUUUGCCCUGGAGUCGAUUUUGAUGAUGAUUGA